AUGUCCACACUUUCGGAAAGAACCAAACGUUCAGCGAUUCUUGCAAGAAUAGACGUUCCAAAACUGCGACAUGUUGUGAAAGACAAAGAGCAAUCGAUUAUGAUUAGGGGAGAGAAAUCAAAAACGAUAAUCAAAAUAUUGGAAAUUCCGAGACUGAGAUUUAGAAGAAUGUGGAAAAUGAAUAUUGGGAAUUUCGAAAUUCCGACAAAAAUCAGUGUAAAAGAAGGUAAAAAACCAUCUGACCCGGAAUACUGCUUGCUAAAAGUGACACAAAUCGACGAAAACUUUUUGGUAGGAUUCAAUCUCUAUUUAAAAACGCUAUUUCGUUUGAAAGAGUCAACUAAACUGAGAAUGGAAUUUAUUAAAUCCGCUGUUACAACUCCAAUGUUUGGGAAUGUGAAUGAGGUUUCGUUGUCCGGGGAAACACUGACGAUGGAGGAUUUGAAUUCGUUUCUAACUCUUUAUCCAAAUUUGGACGUUUUGAAGAUUAAACAAUCAGUUGAUGGAAAAUUGAACAAAAAAUCAAAAAUACUAGAGGUCAAAAAUGUUUGGUUAUCAAAUGCCGGACAAUUUGGAAUGAAUCUUCUUACAAAAUUCACUGGUCAAAAUAUCUAUUUAAAUAAAGUGGAUUUGGUGGAAUCGGGUAUUAAUAAAAUUAUCAGAAAAUGGAUAAACAAUGAAGGAUAUCAAAACUUGGUCUCGGUUCAUGCUACAAUGGAUUUUUCCUCUGAAAGAUUCAUUCAAACAGAUCAAGUAUUCAACAAAUUGCCUGUCGAAUGGUUUAAUCCAAGAGAACGACAAGAACAUGUUGAAUACACUACGAAAAUUCGUGUAAAAGGUAAUUCAUCUAACAGGGAAUACUGCUUGGUAAAAGUGACACAAAUCGACGAAAGGUUCUUGGCAGCAUUCAAUCUCUAUUUAAAAACGCUAUUUCGUUUGAAAGAGUCAACUAAACUGAGAAUGGAAUUUAUUAAAUCCUCUGUGAGAACUCCAAUGUUUGGAAAUGUGAAUGAGGUUUCGUUGUCCGGGGAAUCAUUGACGAUGGAUGAUUUGGAUUCGUUUCUAACUCUCUAUUCAAAUUUGGACGUUUUGAAGAUUCAACAAUCAGUUAAUGGAGAAUUGAACGAAAGAUCAAGAAUACUAGCUGUCAAAAAUGUUUUGUUAUCAGAUCCCGGACCGUUUGGAAUGAAUCUUCUCACGAAAUUCACUGGUCAAAAUAUCUGUUUAUGUAAAGUGGAUUUGGUGGAAUCGGUGGAAUCGGAUCUCAACGAACUUAUCAGAAAAUGGAUGAACGGUGAAGGAUAUCAAAACUUAGUCUCGAUUUUUGUUGAAAUGAAUUUUCUUUCUGGAAGAUUCAUUCAAACCGAUCAAGUGUUCAACCAAUUGCCUGUCGAAUGGUUUGAUACAACGCAUCGACCAAAAUAUACCACGAGGUAA